UAAUCAUCACACAGAACAAGAGGAAAAACAGAGAACGCAGAGAGAGAGAGAGAGAGAGAGAUGGAUUCAUUUUCAGCACCUUCGAGUGCAUCAUCCUCACAGAUGUCGCCAGAGAACUUGAUGGACCAGCUCAAAACUCAGCUUGCCCAGGCUUACGCUGAGGAGUUCCUUCAGACUGUAAGGGGAAAGUGCUUUGAGAAGUGUAUCACAAAACCAGGAAGCAGCCUUAGUGGGAGUGAGAGUAGUUGCACAUCUAGGUGUGUGGAUCGCUACAUUGAGGCCACUGGUAUUAUCAGCAGAGCUCUUUUUAGUUUCCAACGCUAAAUGUCAUGAAGCGCACACAAAUAUGCAAACUGUUGAAUUUUCAAGGGGGGAAAGAAAAGAAAAGAAAAAGAAAAUGAGAUAGUUCAAAAUUUAUGUUAGGGAUGGAUGCUUUCCUAUCAGCCGGAAAAUAGUCUGUUUAACUUUGAUUCUAAUUAUUGAACUUGAUAAUCAGCCAUAUGUAGCUCUGAUUCUCUGUUAUUCUGUUUAUUUAUAUAUAUGAAGGGAAAAAAACAGAAAAAGAAAAAAAGGCUGGGUUGAAUUCA